AAGGUCACAUGGUACCACAUUGGACUGAAUGGGUUAAUACAAGCGUACGCUUUUGUUCAAUAAGGACAGAAGAGGGAAAAGUGAGAAGAAAAUUGUAUACUACCGUGGAUCACAAAUAUUGAAGAAAAUCGGCAGCGCAAAGACGGGCUACUAGCCUAUAUUUUAGGUGUUGAGAGGACCCACGACCUACCAGCACCAUGAGCUGGAGCUUCCUAACGCGCCUGCUGGAGGAGAUCUCCAACCACUCCACCUUUGUGGGAAAGGUGUGGCUGACGAUGUUCAUUGUCUUCAGGAUUGUGCUAACAGUUGUGGGUGGAGAGUCCAUCUACUAUGAUGAACAGAGCAAAUUUGUGUGCAACACGCAACAGCCUGGGUGUGAGAAUGUGUGCUAUGAUGCCUUUGCGCCACUCUCGCACGUGCGAUUCUGGAUCUUCCAGAUCAUUUCCAUCACCACACCUACCAUUAUGUACCUCGGCUUCGCCAUGCACCGCAUUGCCCGUAGGGACGACAGCGAGUACCAGCCACGGACGCGGAAGCGUAUGCCCAUGGUCACACGUGGUGCAGCUCGGGACUACGAGGAGGCAGAGGACAACGGUGAGGAGGACCCCAUGAUCGAAGAGGAGAUUGAGCUGGAGAAGGAUAAGGACAAAGACACGGAGAAGCCCAGUAAGAAGCACGAUGGACGCAGACGGAUUAAGCGUGAUGGCCUGAUGAAGGUGUACGUGUUCCAGCUCCUGAUCCGCGCCGGUUUGGAAGUGGCGUUCUUGUUCGGCCAGUACAUCCUGUAUGGCCUGGAGGUGAUCCCGUCUUACGUUUGCACACGCAGCCCCUGCCCACAUACGGUGGACUGCUUUGUGUCACGCCCCACCGAAAAGACCAUCUUCCUGCUCAUCAUGUAUGCUGUCAGCUGCCUCUGCCUUCUGCUCACCAUAAUGGAGAUCCUCCAUCUGGGCAUCAGCGGCAUCCGUGACGCCUUCCGCAGACGCUCGUCCCAACACCGCAAUAACGUGGCCAUGGCCAGCCAGCGGCCCUCCAUCUGCCGCCAGGUGCCCAGCGCCCCUCCCGGUUACCACACGGCCGUCAAGAAGGACGGAAAGCUGCCUGGUGGCAUGAAGCCCUCAGACUUCCGGGACAACCUGGGCGACUCUGGCCGGGAGUCAUUUGGGGAUGAGGCGUCAUCCAGAGAGCUGGACCGACUGCGGCGCCACUUGAAGCUGGCCCAGCAGCACCUGGACCUGGCCUAUCAGAACGAGGAGAGCAGCCCAUCACGGAGCAGCAGCCCUGAGUCGAACGGCACAGCUGCCGAACAGAAUCGACUCAACUUUGCUCAGGAGAAACAGGGAGGAACCUGUGAAAAAGGUAUCCGAGCCUGAACUCCUCAACUUAGUCUGCUUCAACAUCUGCCUUCUCCCCCGUGAAGAAGGGACAUGGACAGAUUCUUAAGGGACAUUUGUGUGGGUGUGAAUGUGUGUCUGCGUGGUACAAACUGCGUGCGUGCGUGCGUGCGUGCACUGGUGGAAGGACUGCCUCACAGUAUUAUGGCGAGUGAAGAUCAAGGAAACAUGCCAAACUCUGUAAAGGAACAUCUCACCCACCAGCCAUACUUGAGAGCCAGUACGCCUGACUAUCCAAAGUGCCCAAGAGCCAAUGGUAGAGGAGCUGCUUUCAAUACCUAUCUCAUCCAGAAGGCGACUGUGCAGUACUUUUUACUUUUUUUAAAAAAAAAAUGUGUCAUAGGAAUUGAUAGGCAGUUUUUACCUCUCUUCUGAUGAAGGACUGAGGUUUGCAUCUCAAAAUGCCUUAAACUUUAACUGGAGUUUACAUUUGUCAUUCCAAAAAGAGAGGCUUGACUUGGGGGUCAAGAGCCACAGUAGAUGUUAUGUGGUGUCAAGUAUGUGUCAUAGGACAAGCGGUCAUUAAUGUUUAGUCUAGAGACCCAUAGUGAGUAUGCCUAUUAUAUAGCUGUGAUCUGGUACGAAACGUGGCUUUUAUUAGAAGGUAAGAACUUUCCACCACUCUGUAAGAAAGUUCAGCACUAACUGGUGCAUCAGUGAACUGUGCAUCCAGUUGUGCAUGAAAGUUUUUUUUUUAUUAUUAUUUUUUUUUUUUUUUGGCAACAUAGAUCAGUGACCAUGGCAUUUGUUACAUGUUGUGUUAGGAAGCCACGUUUUGUGCCUUUGUCCAAAAUGAAUGAAACAAACCUGGGAAAUGCUUGAAAUACUUGUGAAUCUUAAUGUUAAUGUUUCUGAAGCGUUUGCUUUAUAUUUCUCAUCUUUUGUACGAUCCCUUUCCUUUUUUGUACAUAAGGAGUACAUCUGUGGACUGUAACACAGUAUGAACAUAAGCUUUCGAUAAGUGUAAAUGGUUCGCUGUCAGGUGUAUUUUCUGACAUUUUUUUUCUUUUCAUGACUUUCCUAUUUUAGAACAAUCUCAUCAGUCUAAUCAUGUUCACAUGUGCCAGUUAUGCCCAGGAGUUUAGUGUGGAGCAGCUGCCUGUUCUUUAAAUCCAAAAGCACUAGGAAGACUAACAGGGGAACAAGCCAUAUGCCUGGUGUUUUGACUUCCUUUGUCGUUUUGUACGCAUACCUGAUUAUAAAGUGUUUCUAUGCAACACCAUUAUGAAUAAUAUGUGUUCCAUCUUACAUAUCGGUACUUGACCUGUGGCAAUAUUGAUAUUGUGUCUGGCAACAAUAUAGCUUACACUUAUGACUGGGGCAAUACAAGAAGUUUUGAAAAAGAAAUGUCAGCUAUUGUUCCAUUGAUACAUUUCAUUGCAUUUGUAAGCCUUGAGGCAAAAAAUUCAUCUCAUGGUAUUUUUGAUAUUUCUCCUGUUUUUAUACUUUUUUUGUACAAAUAGUAUUUUUUUGUGCUGUUUCUAUAAAUAAACACUUUUGAACUGGUAAAAA